AUGAAAAGAAGCAAGUUGUUGCAUGAAGGCAAGAAAUUUAUGACAUAGCUUAAAGUUUUAAUUAUCAGUGAAGAAAUUUUAUUUGAAAUCAUUGUUUUUAGAUUAAUUAGAAAUGUAAAGUUAUUUAUAAUAAAGUAGAUGGCUAAGAAAACUUGA